AUGGCCGUUCUCCGCAAUCUCCUCUCGACUGGUGCCUUGCUUGUAGCACUGUUGGUCGCUACUAGCCUACAAGACUGUGUUGGUUUUGCAGGAAGCAUCAGCGUCCCGACUCAUCUGCAGAGAAGCUCUGAGUUGAACAUGUAUCCUCGCAAGGCAUCUCCUGCGCAAUCAUCCGCUCCCAGCAAGGUGGCUCAGAAGAUGAUUCCGAACCACGCUAGCAUCAGCCCUACCACGGCGGCCCAUCGCACCAAGAAGCAACUCAAGACACGACGCACACGCAAGCGAUACAAUACGGAGCUGUCCAACUCGGUUUUGGCGGAUUGCAAUACUCUUCCUUCGUUCCCUACCGCUCAUGGGAUCCUGUCCCCUGAGACGGUCAUGCGAAUGGAGGAAAUGGUCGAGACCGAGGGACGCACCACCAAGGCUGUCGAACGCUUCUUGUCUCAGUACAAGAGAGAAGGUCCUCUCUCCUGUCUCUCCAUGUUGUCGGACCCGGAAGUGUUGCCACACUUGACCAAGGCAAUGAGAGAUGUCGUCUAA